CUGCCGUUUUGCGCUCCCUCACCAGAGCUAACUCCAGCAUGCUCAAAAGGAAACAGAGCUCCAGGGUGGAGGCCCAGCCUGUGACUGACUUUGGUCCUGAUGAAUCUUUGUCAGACAACGCUGACAUACUCUGGAUUAACAAGCCAUGGGUUCACUCUUUGCUGCGCAUCUGUGCCAUCAUCAGCGUCAUCUCUGUCUGUAUGAACACACCCAUGACGUUCGAACACUAUCCUCCUCUUCAGUAUGUGACCUUUACUCUGGAUACUUUAUUGAUGUUUCUAUACACAGCAGAGAUGAUUGCCAAAAUGCACAUCCGGGGGAUUGUCAAGGGGGAUACUGCCUACUUAAAAGAUCGCUGGUGUGUUUUUGAUGGAAUUAUGGUCUUAUUCCUUUGGGUUUCACUGGUGUUGCAGGUAUUUGAAAUUGCUGAUAUAGUUGAUCAGAUGUCACCUUGGGGCAUGUUGCGGAUCCCAAGGCCACUAAUUAUGAUCCGAGCAUUCCGAAUUUAUUUCCGAUUUGAAUUACCAAGGACCAGAAUUACAAAUAUUUUAAAGCGAUCGGGAGAACAAAUAUGGAGUGUUUCAAUUUUCUUACUUUUCUUUCUGCUUCUUUAUGGAAUUUUAGGAGUUCAAAUGUUUGGAACAUUUACCUAUCACUGUGUGGUAAAUGACACAAGACGAGGAAAUGUGACCUGGAAUAGUUUAGCUAUUCCAGAUACACACUGCUCACCAGAGCUGGAAGAAGGCUACCAGUGCCCACCAGGAUUUACGUGCAUGGACCUGGAAGAUCUGGGACUUAGCAGGCAAGAGCUGGGCUACAGUGGCUUUAAUGAGAUAGGCACCAGUAUCUUCACAGUCUACGAGGCCGCCUCCCAGGAGGGCUGGGUAUUCCUCAUGUACAGAGCAAUUGACAGCUUUCCCCGCUGGCGUUCCUACUUCUAUUUCAUCACUCUCAUAUUCUUCCUUGCGUGGCUAGUGAAGAAUGUGUUUAUUGCUGUCAUCAUUGAAACGUUUGCAGAAAUCAGGGUACAGUUUCAGCAAAUGUGGGGAUCAAGAAGCAGUACUACUUCAACAGCCACCACCCAGAUGUUUCACGAAGACGCUGCUGGCGGGUGGCAGCUGGUAGCUGUGGAUGUCAACAAGCCUCAGGGACGCGCCCCAGCCUGCCUCCAGCAAAUGAUGCGGUCAUCAGUUUUCCACAUGUUCAUCCUGAGCAUGGUGACGGUGGAUGUGAUAGUGGCUGCUAGCAACUAUCACAAAGGAGAGAGCUUCCGAAGGCAAUAUGAUGAGUUCUAUCUUGCAGAGGUGGCUUUUACCGUACUUUUUGACUUGGAAGCACUUCUGAAGAUAUGGUGUUUGGGAUUUACUGGAUAUAUUAGCUCAUCUCUCCACAAAUUUGAGCUAUUACUUGUGAUUGGAACUACUCUUCAUGUAUAUCCAGAUCUUUAUCAUUCUCAAUUCACAUACUUUCAGGUUCUUCGGGUGGUUCGGCUUAUUAAGAUUUCACCUGCGUUAGAAGACUUCGUGUACAAGAUCUUUGGUCCUGGGAAAAAGCUUGGGAGUUUGGUUGUAUUUACCGCCAGCCUCUUGAUUGUUAUGUCAGCGAUUAGUUUGCAGAUGUUCUGUUUUGUCGAAGAACUGGACAGAUUUACAACGUUUCCAAGGGCAUUUAUGUCCAUGUUCCAGAUCCUUACCCAGGAAGGAUGGGUAGACGUAAUGGACCAAACUCUAAAUGCUGUGGGAACCAUGUGGGCACCGGUGGUUGCCAUCUAUUUCAUUCUCUAUCAUCUUUUUGCCACUCUGAUCCUCCUGAGUUUGUUUGUUGCUGUUAUUUUGGACAACUUAGAACUUGAUGAAGAUCUAAAGAAGCUUAAACAAUUAAAGCAAAGUGAAGCAAAUGCAGAUACCAAGGAAAAACUCCCUCUGCGUCUUCGAAUCUUUGAGAAAUUUCCAAACAGACCGCAGAUGGUGAAAAUCUCAAAGCUUCCUUCAGAUUUUACAGUUCCUAAAAUCAGGGAAAGUUUUAUGAAGCAGUUUAUUGAUCGCCAGCAACAGGACACUUGCUGCCUCUUAAGAAGCCUUCCAUCAGCGUCUUCCUCAUCAUGUGAUCACUCCAAACGGUCUGCAAUUGAGGACAACAAAUACAUUGACCAAAAACUUCGCAAGUCUGUUUUCAGCAUCAGGGCAAGGAAUCUUCUAGAAAAGGAGACCGCAGUCACUAAAAUCUUAAGAGCCUGCACUCGACAGCGCAUGCUGAGUGGCUCAUUUGAGGGGCAGCCGGCAAAGGAAAGGUCAAUUCUCAGUGUGCAACAUCACAUCCGCCAAGAGCGCAGAUCACUAAGACACGGAUCAAACAGCCAGAGGAUCAGCAGGGGGAAAUCUCUUGAAACUCUGACUCAAGAUCAUUCCAAUACAGUGAGAUACAGAAAUGCACAAAGAGAAGACAGCGAAAUAAAGAUGAUCCAAGAAAAAAAGGAGCAAGCAGAAAUGAAAAGGAAAGUGCAAGAAGAAGAGCUGCGAGAGAACCACCCGUACUUCGAUAAGCCACUGUUCAUAGUGGGACGGGAGCACAGGUUCAGAAACUUCUGCCGGGUGGUGGUCCGGGCACGCUUUAAUGCAUCUAAAACAGAUCCUGUCACAGGAGCUGUGAAAAAUACAAAGUACCAUCAACUUUAUGACUUGUUGGGAUUGGUGACUUACCUGGACUGGGUCAUGAUCAUUGUAACCAUCUGCUCCUGCAUUUCCAUGAUGUUCGAAUCUCCCUUCCGAAGAGUCAUGCAUGCACCUACUUUGCAGAUUGCUGAGUAUGUAUUUGUGAUAUUCAUGAGCAUUGAGCUUAAUCUGAAGAUUAUGGCAGAUGGCUUAUUUUUCACUCCGACUGCUGUCAUCAGAGACUUUGGUGGAGUAAUGGACAUAUUUAUAUAUCUUGUAAGUCUUGAAGAUUGCAAUGGCAUAUUCAGAAUUAAUGUAAGUGUGUCCAAGAACCUAAAUUUAAAAUUAAGACCUGGAGAGAAAAAACCUGGAUUUUGGGUGCCCCGUGUUUGGGCGAAUCCUCGGAACUUUAAUUUCGACAAUGUUGGAAACGCUAUGCUGGCGUUGUUUGAAGUUCUCUCCUUGAAAGGCUGGGUGGAAGUGAGGGAUGUUAUUAUUCAUCGUGUGGGGCCGAUGCAUGGAAUCUAUAUUCAUGUUUUCGUAUUCCUGGGUUGCAUGAUUGGACUGACCCUUUUUGUUGGAGUAGUUAUUGCUAAUUUCAAUGAAAACAAGGGGACGGCUCUGCUGACUGUAGAUCAGAGAAGAUGGGAAGAUCUGAAGAGCCGACUGAAGAUAGCACAGCCUCUUCAUCUCCCACCUCGCCCGGAUAAUGAUGGCUUUAGAGCCAAGAUGUAUGACAUAACCCAGCACCCGUUUUUUAAGAGGACAAUUGCUUUACUCGUCCUGGCCCAGUCAGUACUGCUCUCUGUCAAGUGGGACGUCGAGGACCCAGUGACUGUUCCUUUGGCAACAAUGUCAGUUGUUUUCACCUUCAUCUUUGUUCUUGAGGUUACAAUGAAGAUCAUAGCAAUGUCACCUGCAGGCUUCUGGCAAAGCAGAAGAAAUCGAUAUGACCUGCUGGUGACCUCACUCGGCAUUGUCUGGGUGGUACUUCACUUUGCCCUCCUGAAUGCAUAUACCUACAUGAUGGGCGCAUGCGUGAUUGUCUUUAGGUUUUUCUCGAUCUGUGGAAAGCAUGUAACACUGAAGAUGCUCCUCCUAACGGUGGUCGUCAGCAUGUAUAAAAGCUUCUUUAUCAUCGUCGGAAUGUUCCUGUUGCUGCUGUGUUACGCUUUCGCUGGCGUUGUCUUAUUUGGUACUGUGAAAUAUGGAGAGAACAUUAACAGGCAUGCAAACUUCUCUUCAGCUGGCAAAGCUAUUACCGUACUGUUCCGAAUUGUCACAGGUGAAGACUGGAACAAGAUUAUGCAUGACUGUAUGGUCCAGCCACCCUUUUGUACUCCAGAUGAAUUUACAUACUGGGCAACAGACUGUGGGAAUUAUGCUGGGGCACUUAUGUAUUUCUGUUCAUUUUAUGUCAUCAUUGCCUACAUCAUGCUAAAUUUACUUGUAGCCAUAAUUGUGGAGAAUUUCUCCUUGUUUUAUUCCACUGAGGAGGACCAGCUUUUAAGUUACAAUGAUCUUCGCCACUUUCAGAUCAUAUGGAAUAUGGUGGAUGAUAAACGAGAGGGGGUGAUCCCGACCUUCCGCGUGAAGUUCCUGCUGCGGCUGCUGCGGGGGCGGCUGGAGGUGGACCUGGACAAGGACAAGCUCCUGUUUAAGCACAUGUGCUACGAGAUGGAGAGGCUGCACAACGGCGGCGACGUCACCUUCCACGAUGUCCUAAGCAUGCUCUCCUACCGGUCGGUUGACAUCCGGAAGAGUCUACAGUUGGAGGAGCUGCUUGCAAGGGAGCAGCUGGAGUACACCAUUGAGGAGGAGGUGGCCAAGCAGACCAUCCGCAUGUGGCUGAAGAAGUGCUUAAAGCGCAUCAGAGCCAAACAGCAGCAAUCGUGCAGCAUCAUCCACAGCCUGCGAGAGAGCCAGCAGCAGGAGCUGAGCCGGUUUCUGAAUCCCCCCAGUAUCGAGACCACCCAGCCCAGUGAAGACAUGAACGCCAACAGUCAGGAUAAUAACAUGCAACCUGAGACGAGCAGCCAGCAGCAGCUUCUGAGCCCCACCCUGUCUGACAGAGGGGGGAGUCGGCAAGACGCAGGGGAUGCAGGGAAGCCCCAGAGGAAGUUCGGGCAGUGGCGUCUGCCCUCCGCACCAAAGCCAAUAAGCCAUUCAGUGUCUUCAGUCAACUUACGGUUUGGAGGGCGGACAACCAUGAAAUCUGUGGUGUGCAAAAUGAACCCCAUGACUGACACAGCAUCCUGUGGUUCUGAAGUUAAGAAGUGGUGGACCCGGCAGCUGACCGUGGAGAGCGACGAAAGUGGAGAUGACCUUCUGGAUAUUUAGGUGGAAAUCAAUGCAGAUGGCAGUCUAAUGGUGAAAAGUACUUUCUAAUAUUUUCCUCCAUUGUCCAGUCAACAAUCCAUCAUUGAAUUCCAAUUUGUCCUGCGUAGGAAGGCAUAAAAACUGGUCUGUGAGAAUUGUGCAAAUGAUGGCUUAUUACCAUGUGUUUGAGACAGUUUGCAUAAUGGCAGUAUUAGAAAUAUUAGAAACUAUACCAACACCAGAUAUAGAUUUUUCAAAAAUUCUACAUAUUCUGUCUAUGUAAACUAAGAUAUAUAUUCAGAUGUGCUCUUAUAUAUUAUUACCACCCCUGAAAGUGUGCUAAGCCCAAAGUGGCUCAUAUAUAUGGUACAGGAGCUAUGGCUUUAGUUCAUGUUUUUCCCCCUUCCACUAUAAAUACUUCUCUUGGGGGAAUUUAUUAUUUAUAAUUGAUCUGAAAGGGUCAGCACUGAGCUCAUGCUAAAAAUGAUAAUAAUUUUACAAACUACAGAUUCUGAAUUUUUAGAAGUACAUUCUUUUCCUUGUGUUAUUUUUUAAAAAUAUACACAAGAUAUUUAGAGGUCAGAACAAGUCAAUUUCUGUCCUCAGUCACUCCAAUGAAAUUGUUGCCUCUUCCAAGAGAAUUGUGUGUGCAGGUACCAGACAAAGAAAUUGACACAUGUUGCUAAAUUAUUUAAAACAAACCUUAUAGAAGUCACUUGAGAGACAUAGUUAUGGAAAGAUGUUGAAUUCCUCAAAAAGUAUUUUAAUAAUUGAGUUUAGAAAAAAGUGUAAAACAAUUCAGCUUAUUUUAAAAAAUCUUUGCAUGUGUGAUGCCAUCGUUGGCUUUAUUUUUUACCCAAAAUAUGCCCAUUGUGCCAUACACCAGCAAAGACAUGAGUUGAUUGCAACGCACCAUUGCUGUCUUUAAUGCCAAAUGAUUCCCCUGCUAGCAGACUCUCCUAUGGAAAUAAUGGUACUCUGCAGAUCUUCUCUGAACUCACCGUUUAUUCCACACCCCCAACUGUAUUUGUGUUCUGUGGGAAAAUUAAAAUGCAAAGUGAUUACUGUUGUCCCACUUAGGCUGAGUCAACCAAGUAGAUGUGAGUUUGAGCUGUGACUACAUUAUUCUUGACUGAAGAUUUGCUGUUUAGAUGAUCUCUUUGAACAGAGUGAUUCUCUCCGUAUCCUCUGAACAUUCACCCCAUCCCAGUUGCUUUAUGAUUUCUUUUUCUCUGUGUAACAGUUUUAAAAUAGUCAAAUAUCACAAUCUUUCUGUACAACAAUUUUAACAUUGUGGUGACAGUCUAUUGUUUCUAUGAUUAGUUGUGAUUAUCAGGUAAUGGGCAAUUAAAGUCAGUGCAGCUGAAAGGAUUUUACCUCAUUUUAUGUUCAUUUGGCAUUUACUUUUUGUAUAUAAUAAAAUGAAAUAAAUAUUGAAUUUGUAAAA